AUGUCCAAACACCGCAAUGUUGAUCUCACCCCAUUUCAAACAGUUCGGAUGUUUUCACAGAGAUGUCAGCGGUUUCGCUUCGAGCAUCCUUUCACCUCCAUGAUUGCCGGAAUGACCGGGUCAGGAAAAACUGCCUGGGUUCGAUCUCUAUUGCAACAAGCUUCAGAGCCCAUUUACCCUCCCCCGGAGAGGAUCGUUUGGUGUUAUUCACAAUGGGAGCCUGGGUAUACACAAAUGUUAGUCGCCAUGCCACACAUUGAAUUCGUCAAGGGAAUUCCUACGGCUUUGGAGCAGGAUGCCUAUUUUGAUGUGAACAAACGGAAUUUGAUCGUGUUUGAUGAUCAGGAGAUUGACGCCAGCAAAGACAAGCGAAUUGUGAACCUCUUUACUCGUGGUUCUCAUCAUCGCAAUCUGAGCGUGAUUUAUAUCGUGCAGAAUCUAUUUCAUCAGGGGAAAGGAAGCCGCAGCAUAAGCCUAAACAGCCAUUAUCUGGUGUUAUUCAAGAAUCCACGAGACAAAUUGCAAAUCUUGACUCUGGCGAAGCAAAUGUAUCCCGGGCAGACAGAUUUCUUUUUAAAUCAGUAAGAAGAGGCCGUAGAAAGACCUUUUGGUUAUCUUCUGAUUGAUCUGAAAACUACGACCCAAGAAAAUAUUCCUCAAGAGCUUCUAAAAUAUCUGAAGCUGCAAGCUCUUUCGCCUGUCCCCCUUCUUCCAGCUAUGCAAGAAAUAAAAGGCAACAUGGAUGACGUGCUUUCUCGAAACAAUCUUCGGGAGUAAGCGAUACUUUCAGUUGCAAAACAGAUACCUGGCUUUUAAAGAACAAUUAAAUACAAGAACACGACCGGAAGAAAUAAUCAGCACUGUUCCAGACUUAACAUCAAGGACGCAAGAUUCUUCGACAGCAACGACAGCAUUCUCCACUCCCCUCAACCCCUUUAAUGUAACACCUGAAUUAACACAAGCGGCUAUCUCUCAAAAACCUGACAAAGAAAGCCUCACCCCUCCACCACCCUUAAAUCCUGCUUUCCUGACCCCUCCUCCCACAGUAGAAACCCCAUCACAACAAGGCCCGAAGCGCAAAAGGCGUCGGAUUCAAUUUGUAA